UUUGUAUUCUGUCGCUAGAUAGUACAUACUUACCCGAUGUUUUCAACUUCGUGUAUUCUGCCCUUAUUCGUUGCUCGUAUCUUCGGAUGCGAUAGCGGGUGGUGCAGGGUCGCGAAGGGGAGCUUCGGGGGUAUUGCUACGUGCACAGUGGGCUAAAAUUGGAUUUACUCUGCCUCGAAUUUCCCGCAGUGGAACACCACGAGGGGCAGAGACUGCUCCCACAGGGACCAGCCGUACAGCUUCGACAUAUCUUUCUCUCUCUAGUCCGUGCUUUCCACGACUGGUUAUACUCAUUGAGUAAAGCCACGAAGGGGCAUAUGAUAGAGGGGAGAUAUGCCGGACCUGUAAGGGUAAUAUAGGGUUAAGUAUAUGUGUUGGUAACACUGAUCACGCGUCGCGACACAGGGCUACAAGCCCACGGAGCGGCGCUGCGGCCGAUUGUUAUAUUGUUGAGGUACGUAGUGAUCGGACGUGUCGACGCGAUAUAAUCUCGGUGGUGUAUUAUAGCCAUAAUUGGCAAGAAAGCGUAUUAUAUUAGUUUUAAUUGUGUUUAAUUAUAAGUAAUUAGUGUUAAGUGUAAAGUAUCGUGUUGAUACUAAAAACCUUCUUCAAAGGUAUUUAAUUGUGUUUAUUCUUUUACGUUUAAUACAUAGUGUCUUACACGUGACUACAUUUUACUUAUUGUGUGAUAUAAUUGGUAUAGCCUUUGGCCGGGAAACCUGACUGCAGAAUGAAACCGAACCCAUUGUUAAAAUGGCAGCAUAAUGAAACACAUCAUACUUGUAAAACCUACUUCGUCAGCUAAAUAAUGAUAAACGGUUGCACGAAUGGAACCAACUGCGAAUCAUAUGUCGAGUCUAAUCACAACACCACACUGGUAUCAGAUGAAGAACAAAACAUAUAUGCACAAGCAUCACAAAACAUAGCGGUCGCUAUACUUCAAUUUUUGCAACUCUACUAUACUCCCGUAUUGGUUAUAUUGGGCUGUGUUGGAAAUACGCUUUCGGUAUUCGUUUUCUUCGGUACCAAAUUGAAGAAAUUAUCGUCCUCAUAUUACCUGGCCGCGUUGGCCAUCAGUGAUUCGGGUUUUUUAAUCGCUCAAUUCGUCACUUGGCUCAAUUUAGUUCAUGUUCCAUUAUUCAAUAAAGCUGGAUUUUGUCAAAUGGCCAUCUACUUUUCGCACAUAUGCAGUUUCCUCAGCGUAUGGUUGGUGGUGUUAUUCACCAUUGAGCGUUUUAUCGCCGUUCGUUACCCUUUACAUCGGCCAGCAGUUUGUACGGUAGCACGUGCCAAACUAUUCAUUAGCUGCCUUACGAUGAUAGCUUUACCUACUUAUGGCCCUUACUUUAUCAUUGCAGCUCCUCAAAUGAUAACGGAUACCAAUAAUAAUAAGACAGUGACGAUGCAGGUGUGUACAUUGGUGCCACAAUGGAUAGACUUGGCAUCGGUAUUGAACCACAUCGACUUUUUUUUAACUUUAAUUUUACCAUUUUGCACGAUAGUCGUGCUAAAUACGCUCAUCUGUCGAACAGUUCAUCGUUUAGGACGCGUUCGUCGAACAAUGACUUUAACGACUCGUAAACGAUUUUUAAAUCGGGCUCAUUCUCGAAGAUCAACCGAAAGUCAUAUCAGUAGGACAUUUUCACAUCGUACCAGCGCACCGAGCCAGAGCAAAGUUACCCAAAUGCUAUUAGUCGUGUCUACCGUUUUCAUAUGUCUAAAUUUACCAUCGUAUCUGCUACGUAUUUGGGUAUACGUUAAUAAGAAAUCCGAUCCGAUGGCCAACGACGACAUAGUAAUGGUGCUACUACAACACUACUCCAACAUCUUGUUCGCUACGAAUUUUGGGAUAAAUUUCGUCUUAUAUUGCAUCAGCGGACAAAACUUCAGAAAAGCCCUGUGUUCGUUAUUUUGCCCAAAACGCGUCCGGAGAAAACAAGAACACACGCAAGCAACAGUGCUUUCAGAAUUUUCGCGAUGUGCUCCGGUUACCAAUUCUAUUCAUAGAAGAAACCUACUUCUAAACGAUUCGACGAUAGAAAUGCACCAGCUGCUGACAAAUUCCAUCAUAGAGACAGAACUGAAUUCAGAUAUUAACAACUGAAUUGGUAAAGAUGACUUGCCGAGAAGAAACCCGUUUUUAUAAGUAAAAUAUUAUUUUAAUGUAAAAUAGUUCCAAUUUCCAUUUUUCCUCCUCUCUCUGUUUUUCUUCCUCGAUGUUUUUUUUUUUGUAAAAACUUGUGUAAAUAAAUCAAUGUGCUAUUUUGUU